AUGAUCGCAUGCGGGUGUUUAAGUGAAAGCUUAUCAUUUUUCGGGCGAAAUAGUGGAGUUCACGGCUUAAAAUAUGUCUUUGAAGAAAAGGGGACAAGAUUGAGCCGAUACAUAGAAGAUUCUAAGUACGUUGUCAAUAGAAGUACCGGCCCAGGGGUUCUAACAUUUGGUAUUUUGUCUGAUGCACAAGUCACAAUUCAUAGUUCAGAAGAACUAUCAACAAAUGUUUUAGAUAAAAAGUUUAAAAUCGAUGUCAAAACAAACACAGAAAAUCGUAUAGAUAUAGACUUUUCGAUUAUAGAAGUGGACAAUGAAAAUAUUUUGCAAUAUGAAGAUAUUGCUAUAAGAAAAUGUCGCUACAACUACGAAAUACCUAAAGAGUCACUACAUACUUAUAAGGUAUAUUCUUAUGGUGCGUGUCGCUUAGCAAAAAGUACUGCUAAGGCUUUUGAACAUUGUGGAUGCGUACAUCCUGUGCGAGAUUUAUCUUACAAAAAUAUUUACUGUAAUUAUACAGGUCUGAAUUGCUUGGUUACGUAUGAGGCUCUGAAAACAAAAUUAGGGAACGAAGGCGUCGCAAAUGCAACAGAAUGUCUACCGUCCUGCAAUGAGAAUGAACUUAGUAUUGUUCACGUGUCUAAGAGAUGGGUAGAAGACCAAAAGCGUGGUACUCUGGUGAACAUACGAAUGGCUUCAUUGCCCACGAUGCGGUAUCAGAAAAAUCUGCUACGUACAGACUUAGAUUUAGUAGUCACAGUGGGCGGGAUAGUAGGUUUGUUCUUCAGUGCAUCUAUUUUAAGUUUCGUUGAAAUAUUUUACCUUAUCUUACGAUCACCAAUUAAAUAA